AGCCUUUGACCGUUCGCGUGGUGGUGGCUUGUUUGAUAAUGAAAAAAAAAAAAAAAGCCUUCGAAAACAGAUGAGAGCGCAGGAGCAGAGGCAGAUCGAAGGUAUCGAGGAGAUACAGCUGCUCCUGAGGAACGUCCUCCAGAACCAGAUUCUCGACCAUCUGAGGCAGCAAGUCAACAAGGACAUCGACGACAUGAUCGAACAGGAAAUAGAAGAGCAAGUCGCGCUCCAGCUCGAGAAACACGUCCCGCAAGCGCUGCGGACCGAACUUGCAGACCAAAAGCGGCGUCUGGCGGAGCUGCAGUGGGCGUUGCACAACUCUGAGAGCAGGCGCGCCAAUGCGGGAUUGAGGUCGGGCGAUAUUCAGGCGUCGCUUCAUACGCUCUACAUGUCAAAUGGGCAGAUCAGCGUGUUGUUCCCGAAGGAUAUAGCCACUCUAUUGGGUCUAGACGGCGGCACUCUUAAACGUCUACUGCGCGAUUACUCCAUCCCCGACGGAAUGUCUGAUAUACGCGAGCAGAACCUGAACACGUUCCUCCAAUUCAUCGGCGUGUCCUAUCAAGUGAUUUGGCCGACUCGGAAAUGUGAAGGCGAAGCCGAUGUAGUGGUAUAUCCGAGUCGUCCAACCGGGAGCGUUAGAUCGAUUUAGAGGACGAAGGAGCUUGGUUUGUGCCGUUCAUGCUGUUGUUUGGCAUCUUUGUUAUUGGUUCAUUGUACAUUCGGGAUUCAUAAUAACUACAUGUACUCGUGCUU